AUGGUCGCCGAGUUCAUCCUGAGCCAGCAGCAGCUGCUGAGCGCCGGCGGGGGCGCAGUCCUGGGCCCCGCGCCAACGCCUUCCCGCGUACCACCGCCGCCGAGAGCGCGCUUGUCUGUCUCUCCGCACUUCCCGAUGGACCAACAGCCCCCAUCUAACGGACCACCCGGAGACCCCCACGACUAUCCUUCCAACUUUGAUUUCAACAAACGGAAAGAGUUCUUCGGCCAACGCAAACAAAGAGAGUUCAUCCCUGAUAGCAAGAAAGAUGACGGUUACUGGGACCGCAGGCGGCGGAAUAAUGAAGCUGCCAAGCGCUCCCGCGAAAAACGCCGCUUUAAUGACAUGGUUCUUGAACAACGCGUUGUGGAACUCUCCAAGGAGAACCACGUGUUAAAAGCGCAAUUGGACGCAAUCAAGGAGAAAUACGGCAUCUGCGGCGAGACUUUAAUCAGCAUCGACCAAGUAUUGGCGACCUUGCCGACAUGUGACCAAGUACUUUGCGUCACCAAGAGGAGUAAACUGUCGAGUAGCGCUUUAUUCCCACCAGCGCCGCCACCACCACCACCAGUUCAACCAGCUUCACCGCCAUCUCCACCACAACAAAGAGCCCCAGAGCCAUACCAAGAGAGGCUCCCGGCCCCUGAAGCAUACUACCCACAUCCAGCGCACUACGAGCCACCAGGCUCAGUGCUCAACCUCUCACGAUCUCGCCGCGCCCUCUCGCCAUACGAACUGUCCUCGCUUUCCGGUUCAGGAGACGAGACAACGGAACAGUACGCACCGGAGAACAACUGUCUCCCUCUCAAACUUCGCCACAAAACUCACCUAGGCGAUAAAGAUGUUGCGAGUGCCCUACUGUCGCUCCAACACAUCAAGCAAGAACCUGGGCCGCGCUCGUCGCCCUCCUGGGACGGGGAAGGCUCGAGCGAUGAAAGGGAUUCCGGCAUUUCUCUCGGUGUCGAAUACAGGCCGCAGCGACCCGAUGACAGGCUGGCUGAGGAGGAAGACGCUCAUUUAAAAGCGGAGCUGGCGCGGCUCGCUACCGAAGUGGCGACGUUGAAAAACAUGAUGCAUCAGAACAAGGCGCGUGCGCACGAGCAUUGA